AUGGCACAAACGCUCGAAGCCCGUGAUAUCCAAAAGCUCAUCGACCAGGUCACCCGAGACGGGUACGUCGUGAUCCCGCACGCCUUCUCGGCCAGCCAAGUGUCCCAGGCCAAGGCGGAGCUGGGGCGGCUGUCGGGGACGGCGGAGGCGGGGCCGGCCGGGCAGGCGGGGCGGAACGCGUUCGAGGGCCUGCGCACGCAGCGCAUCUACGCGCUGCUCAACAAGGCGCGCUGCUUCGACCAGUUCGCGCUGCACCCGGCGGUGCUCGCGCUCAACGACCACUUCCUCGACGAGGGGUACCUGCUGAACGCGCUGCACAGCGUCAACAUUGGGCCGGGGGAGGCGGCGCAGAGGCUGCACCACGACGACCAGUACGUGACGGUGCCGAGGCCGCAUCGGCCGUUUGGCGCGCCUUGGACGACUACACCCCGACCAACGGCGGCACCCGGCGCCAGCGUGGUCCCCCGGUCGCACACGUGGGCCGGCGACCGGGUGCCCGCGCGGUCCGAGGCCGUCGCCGUGGCCAUGCCCGCCGGCAGCAUCGUGUACUUUGUCGGGACGCUCUGGCACGGCGGGGGCCGCAACGCCUCGGGCGCGGGCAGGCUGGCGCUGACGGUGCAGUACUGCCAGCCGUGGAUGCGGCCGCUGGAGAACCAGCUGCUGGCCGUCGACUGGGACAAGCUCGACGACGUGCCGCCGCGCCUCGUCGGCAUGAUGGGCUACAAGGUCGGCGCGCCGUUUAUCGGCUACGUCGACGGCCGGAGCCCCCGGACGAGGGUGACGGAGCUGCUGCGGAGGUGGAGGGGGCGGAAUAAGCUGUGA